CGGAAUUUGUCCCCAGGAUUAGUAGAUAGGUGAGGUGAGGACUAACCGCCUCUGUGUUUUUGCCCUGGAAUUUGAUGAUGACAGGCACCAGUGGAUAUUUGUGAACAUCUCCAUGCCCACACCUCACCUUCACCACACAUGCAUUCCCCAAUGCCUCACCUUGAACCAGGCAGUGGUGAAUUGAGGUCUGGUUACAGCCUGAAUCCUCCAAGACGUGGUAUGUACCCCCUUGGCCACUCCCCGGUAUGCAGUGCAUCCCAGCUCGAUCGGGGGUGUAUCCGGACCAACGGCCCCACCUCCAUCAUGUGGCGGCAUUGGUCCUGGAAAUGCCCGAGUUCCCUGCAAUGCCAGCAGACCAGCCCAGGCCUUAAUCCUAGACCUGUGGCUCUGGAGUCACCAACCUGAGUGGAAGAAGAGACAGACACAGAUGGAGAGGGAGGGGGUGGGAAACCAUGGGAUCAGGGAAUGGAUUUUGGGGGAAUUGGCCCCCAUUUCCAUGGUGCAGGGACGGGGAAAGAGCGGGGCAAGGAGGAGGAUGAGAGGUACAAGAGCGAGAGACAGAGAGAGAGAAGGAGAAGGGAGGGGAUCGCCUGACCCCGGAUAUGCCGCCAGGUGGUCUUCAGGCAGCUACCUGCCUCAUCCAGAGAUGCCACAGGUUUAUCCUGUGUGACAGUGUGACACUUGCUCUGGUCAGGAAGAGAGUGAAAAUACGGGAGGCAGACUUGCAAUCACUCACAAAGUGCUUUAUUCUUUUGCUUUCACUUAUCAGCAGUUUUAUUUCACACAGACACACGCACACACAAGGCUCUGUGCUGGUUGGGCCUUUCUCUUGAGGCGCUCAUCUCUCCCCUUUUUAUCCUCGCCACAGCUCACUGCAACACAGAACCUUUGUUAAUACAAUUCUUCUCAGGUGUGCAACCUUUACCACUCACCUUCUCCAGCUCCACCCUCCAUUCACAAACCAGCGCUCGAUCACGCCUCCGCUUCCACAGACCCAAACAAUGAUGUAUAUGAUCAGAAUCAGCCUUACAAGAGAAGAUAAGCAUUUUAAAAAAAUCACAGUUUAAGUCCAAGUGUAUUUUCAUAAAUUAAAUUAGGCCUCUUUUGUUUAGUGAAAUUAAAUAUUCUUUUAAAAAAGGUUUUGUGUUUUUGAUUUUUGCUAUUUGAUUAUUACAGAAAUAUUACAACCAAUUGAUGAUUUCAAAAGAUACUGCAUUUGCACAAUGCCAUGACUGUCCAUGUUUGGUUGAUAAAUAAUGGCAGUGAGGGACAAGUGUGCAGCUGGAUAUUAGUCAUCGACACUGCGUCAGAGAGUCAACAGAUUUGACAAGUUCAGGUUUUUCCCGUUGCAGUGGGAACACUACAGGACAAAGUCCAAAGAUUUGUCAACUUGCAGAGAGCCAAUGAAUAAUGAGCCUCCCAUUAUAUACUGACUAAACAUACUUAAUCCAAAUCAACAUUCUGAUUUACCUGAAUGUAUGGAUUGUUGGCCAUAUGUGUGGCAACCUGGGGGUUUUGACAUUUUCUACUAUACAUAGUUCUCAAACUACAAACUUCCUGAAAUAUUUUUCUCUUUUGCAUCUCAAUCACAAGUAAAGUUCUUGCAUUUUAAAGGCUGCAUUUGCCUUUAAAGAUUUGAUUAGGAUCUCUACAGCAUAUCCAACAAGUUGAUCAGUGUGUGACAUUCAUUGCGAGAGCAAACACAGUGAGUAACUAGAUAGGUAAAGUUUGUCAUGACAGAGCUGGUGCUUGACAAAGCCAGUCUGAAAGGUUGAAACUGUUUCAUGAGAUUGAAGAUAGUUUGAAGUUGAAAGAUAGAAAGAAAGAAUAGAUGACAGACAGACAGACAGACAGAAAGACAGACAGUUACUGGUAGAAAGAUAGAUGACAGAUAGAGUGAUACAAGUAGAAAGCCAAAUGGAGUGAGAGAGCGACACAAGUAGAUAGAUGGAGAGAGAGUGUUAUUAGUAGAAAGACAGAAGGAGUGAGAGAGUGAUACUGUUAGAUUGAUAGAUGGAUGGAUAGAGAGAGUGUGUGGCCUUGAUAGAGAGAUAGAUGAAGUGAGUGUCUCUGUUACAGGUACAUUGACAGAGUGAGAGGGAGAGAAGAGGGGCUUCAGGCCGUGUGCACACUGGUGUGUAUGAGUUUUGACAGUUGGAGUUUGAAAUCGUGAACACUCUUGAGCCAGACUCUGAACAUUCCAUCACUGUAAGUCUAUGGGAUUUUUGGGAUAUUUGAUUGUCCACUACGGGAAAACUGUAAGUCCGUUCAGUUUAAAAAAAAUACAGCUUGAUAAGUCAGAAUAGUCUGAAGGACCGAGUUUAGUGAAUGUAGCUUGAAAGGUUUAGGAGUUAUAACGGUCCAAAUGUUUAAAUGGAAGUCAACUUGAAUUUUGGCCAUUUUGAGCUUCAGUAACUGGAAAACUGUAAUUCCGAUCAGUUAGAAGAGUUUGGUGCAUGUAGCUUGAAAGCUCUAGAAGGAAUAGCAUUUAGAAAUUUUGGGUCUCGGAUAAUAAUAAUAAGAAGAACAACAAGAAGAAGAAGAAGCUUAAACAGCAGAACAGAAUGGUAGCUUUGUCAAGCCAACAUAACUAGCAAUGUUUUAAAUAUCUUUAGGCUGUUAUGUUUUAAAUAUCUUUAACUACCACAUUAGCUAAACUGGCUCCUUAUUGAACAUGAUCAUUACAGACUAGGCAAGGCCUGAAAGUAAAUAAAAUAUAGAUAUAUAGAUAUCCUGUGGGUUUUCCCAGACCACCACAUAUGUCUCUUUUGCAGACAUAUGAAAAUUCUCUUUUCUAGAAAUAGCAUGAUUCCACUUUUUUCACGACACCGAUAUCAAUACUGAAAACUUGAGUAUCAGCCAAUACCCAUACCCAUCUGAUUUUUUUUUAUUAUUUUUUUAACUGAAGCACUUCACAGAUAAACUCUUUCACACAAAAUUCACUUACACUGUAAAUAUAAUAAAGUAUAAGUAUAAAUAUAAUAAAAUCAAUCCUAACAAAAGAAAAAAACAUUCUCUCUUUAUCUAAAAUCUCUUUAUCUUUAUUAAUAUUUCCUGUUCCAAAAAUAAAUUACUUUUCCAAAUCUUUGCCAUUUUUACAGGUUUUGACAACUGAUAGCUUUUCUCCUAUAUGUGCUCUACCAUUUUUUGCUGCUAUUGGACAGAUACUGAUCCUGGGUAUUGGAUUGGUGCCAUCUCCACUUUUUUCUUUUUAAAAAGGACUUUUAUGUCCUUACGUAACACUGAACAAAAUGUUCAAUUUGAUUUCAGAGUUAUUUUUGCAUUAAUGACAUGAAAAUCUGUGUAUUUCCAUGAAGCUUGUAUGCACUCGGGACAUAGAAGAAAAUAACAGCCUAUAACGCCUAAUCAGAAUAGCGCACAGCCUGCUGGGCUCAUGUGUCAGAGAGUUCAAAUCAUUUAUGUUGAUUAUCUCUGACUGAGAUCUUCUUUCUAAACACAUCCUUGUUAUAGAAAAAGCCCUGGGGCAUUUAAUUUAAUUCUGCUCAACUGCAAAACCACUGGCCUCCAAUACAGCCUCCCACGUAAAGCAACAGGAAAAAAGACAGAAAUUUAAAGAAAUUUACAGCAACAAUGCAUUUGAUUUCACAAAUGUUCAAUCAGUAUCAAAAGUUAACAAAAAUGAUUAAAUAGUGAAUAUGACAUUCACGUCACCGGUGACCCCAUUCCCCUUUCCUUCUUCCAACCUUUGCAAAAUCUCUUACAAUAGAAAUAGUUCUGUACAUCAUAUGCACACUUUCUGCACUUACGCUUUGCCUUUGUUUGGAAAUUGUUUAAAAUUUAAUUAUUUUAUUAUUGCUAUAAAACUAGAUCUUGGUGGCCAUGGACUAUUUUUAAACUAACCCAAUUUGAUGUAAAAACCAAGACCCUGGCACCCUGAAAUUAACUUUCAUGCCCGCUCCUCCUCCCCAGCAUGGGCAGCGUGAUUCCUGUCCCAGUGGGUCUCUGCUAGCUUCUUGUAAUUCCCAUUUUUGACCACUAGGUGCAACUGUGUGGAGCUAAACCGGACAAGUGCACACUGCACCAUGAUCUAGAAAAGCGACCAAAUCAAUGGAAGAUGAGCUUAUAUCUGUUAAAUAGCAACAUUUUUUUAUAUUGUAGGUCACUCAAAAGAAAUAAUUAGCCUUUUAAUGGAAUUUAGAAAGCAUGGAUUUGUAAAUGAGGACCUUUGUACUGCUGUUGCUUAGUUACUCGGUUACAUACAUAUAACUGGUUCUUUUGGAAAAGUAUUUGUAAAUGAGAAGUGUAUUUCUCAUUCAAGAAACUUUAUUCAAAUGUAGUUUCAUUAACAAAAAAAUGCUUUGAACAUAAAGAUGUAUGUACAAUAAUCCGUUUAGCAAGCCGACACAUGGGGCACAUAUUUUUGUACAAGGUCAGAGUGUUUAGCUGUACAAAAACCGCAGGCCCAGGUUUUUGUGCAUUAUUGUAUAUAAAAAUCACCUGUAAAAGUCUGUUGUUUAUAUUUACAUUUAUAUUUACAUUUUUAGCAUUCGGCAAACCACAGCUUUAUUAAAAAAAAAACAUAUCCUUAUGCUAGAACAAAUAGAUCAGGGUCUAAGAAUACUAUCAAGCUAGAGAGACAAGUUAGUACAAGUCGAGAUGUUUUAAAAUUAGUGCUCAUUUAAGUUUUUAGUGAUUUUUUGAUUUUUUGAAGUUCAUUUGCCACCUGAGUGCCAGGACAGAGACGAGUCUUGAUGCACGUCUUGCUUGUACCUCGAGGGGUGGUGGGUCCAGUUGAACUGUGCUAGAGGCUGAAAGGGAACGUCCUUCAGAUGACAAGGAAAUGAAUAAAUACCUGAAUGUCCUAAAGGAGAAACCUGCAUACCCGAGUCAGGUCAGCAAUGUGACACAAGAAAGAUAAUUGGUCGUCCAGAAUUACAUUAAGGUUGUGUGUCAGAUGGUGUGAUUCUCCAGGAAGAUCACAAGCUCUUGACUUGAGGAUAUAUCUGCAGGGAUAUAAAGCAUCUGUGUCUGAGUGAGAGGAUGAGGUGAGUAUCAUUAGUGUCAUUGUUACACAGAAACACACCACAGAACUGCUCUGUGUUCAUACUAUAUCCAUUCACGCAUGAUAUAUAAAAGGUCUGAAACACGCAAUCUCCAUUCCUGAAGUGACGUUCAUGCGGCGAUAAAUCAACUUUACGUUUACUUUAUGAACAGAACACACAGUCAUAUCCACAUUCUUUUCUUUUGUCUUUAUAAUAUAUUUAAAACAGUUUUUCAAAGAGUCUGGUGAAUAUCAACUAUGAAAAGUCAACAUUCAGAGAAAUGUUCCUGUUAAAACAUGUACAGGCCAAUGUUAAAUGGCAAUAUAAAACUAAAUAUGACAUUAUGAAUUAAUCGGAUGAAUGUAUUCAUUUUUGAACUCAAAAUAGCACAGUGACAGCAUAAAAAAGUACAUUGCAUGCAUACAUGAUGAUUUCAUGACUUCAAUUUUGUAUCUCAUUGUCUGAAUAAGUUGUGUGUCCUAUUUACUGGGUUAACACACAAUAUUAAAAAAUUCUUUUACUCCAGUUCAGCAUAAGGUUUUCAGUGUCUGAGAUUCUGAGCUAAUGAUCAGAGAGCCUUGGGUUCAAAUCCCAGGCCUGCCAAUGUAGCACAGUAGGAUGCUUGUGCAAGAUCUGCCUAACUGUAUGUUUAGAUAGUAUCUUGUCUUAAAUGUAAGUCAUUUUGUAUAAAUGCAUCUAGGAAAUUAAUUAAUUAAUUAAAUCUGUAAAAUCCUGGUCUUGGUGCCAUAAGAUGGGAGGAUAAAUGAUGGACAGAAUAUGACAAGGACAAACUUUUUUGUUUCAGAUUCACAAAUAUAAGAUAAUUAUAGUACUUUUAUUUCACCUUGUCAAAAUUACUUUAUCAUCCAUAAUUCAGGUUCAUUUGGGAAUUUCUAUAUUGAAAAAAAAAAAGCCUUGAUCCAACUUUAGAAACACUUUGAAAUGAAUCAUUUUAACCCAAAUAGAACACACUGGUUAAAAUAACAUAGCUUUCAUUGGAAAACAUAUCAAGCUGUCUGACUUUUUCAGCAUGUAACGGUCUUGGACUACCUGCCUCACGUGGACGUCCAUUUAUUUUGCUUAUCAUCAUGAAUGUGUGGGAACAGCAUGGGUUUUUUUGGGGUUAGCUGAAUAUUUAUCUCUGAUUUCCUCUCCAGUGGAGAUUUGAAUAGAUGGACUACAUUUAUUUUGUCAGCCAAAAUACUCUCACCAUUCCCUCGACAAUUUAACAUGCAAACUGAAAUGUGCUCCUCAGGGACCAUAUUCAGAGUUCAGUUACUCACAAGUAAUGAAGAGUUCAUACUGAAAUUGACCACAUCUGUAUUCAGACCUUGAGCAAAAUUUGUACACAUGGAGUGGAGCUUGCUGAGAACAAUUUCACAACCUUGAUUUAGUAUCUCAUGGCUACAUUAGCAUGUGUGUGCAAUUAACUGUCAGAGAAGGAUAUAAAAAAAAUAAUAGAAUAAUGCAAAAUAAUAAGAUGUGCCUGUCAUGGACUCAAAAGCUGUUGUAGUUGUAAGUUAAUGCAUUUAAUAACAAUGAGCAUAAUCAAAAAAACAGGUAAAAGGACAUAUGAUCAAAUGUAAACAGGGAACAAUGGAUCAAGAAAUGAAUGAAGCAGAAAAAAAAAAGGUCAACACCAGGAAGACAAAGCAAAAACAUUCAGAAUUGCAAAAUGAAAUGACAAAACCUUGCAAAUAACUGAGCGAAAGGGUGCUGUUUAAAUACACUGAGUGAUUUACAGGAAAUGAGAUACAGGUGAGUUGGAGCUCAGGUGAGUUAGAAAACUGUAAAGUCCGGACUGGAUCUGGAGCUGGAGGUGACAGUGCUGGAUCAAGUGCUAUUUUAUAAACUACUGAAUAAAGAGGGUGGAAUCCUUAUUAAACCAAAUUUGCAAUGACUGAUGGAGUAGGAUUGAGGCAGCAAUAUACUAGUGUGCUUGGUUCCACAGUAAUCUGCUUUAAGUCAUUUUUGAGAGCAAAUAAUCUUAUAUUAAUGCCAAAAAUGAAAUUUUAUCUUUUUAUUUUUGAAGACAGGGAAACUAUCCCAUUUAUGCCAAGGUUUACACUGCCUUUUUAAGAUGUUCUGCAGCCUGUCUUGUGUCUUCUUUUACAACAGACCUGUUUAUAAAAUGUCCAUAAGACAUAUAUUGCCUUACGGUGUCCCAUGCCAUGUUCUUGUUUUUCCACUAUUCAUAAUACAGAGUUAUAUAACUUAACUUGCAUGUUGUAUAUGAACAUGUUUCUGCACAUCCUCCACAUUCCUUAUUGUUAUGUAAUGACACACUGCUUUUACUUUGUUACCCCUUUACAUUUGUGUGUGGUUUAAGUAUAUACAGCACAUAAAUAUAGGUGGAUGCUGUCAUGUAUAUGCUUUUAGAUAGGUAAUUAUACAUAAUAGUGGCAGCUCUGGCUGAAAGAAAAUGACCCAUAUUAUGGAUUAUAUACUGUAUAUGUGUGCAAGUGUGUAUGAGAUGGAGAGAAGGCAUGUAUAUAUUAAAGGAAAUGAGUAAAAAAGCAGCCAUUGAGCUCUGAGUAAGUGAACCACCCCCCGAUUAUAGGGUACUGGAGGAAAAGCCAUUGGAAAAGACUGGAAAAGAGAAAGAGGGGAGGACAGUGCAGCGCAGGAAUCAGGGACAUGAGAUGAGAUGAUUAAAGAGAACGGAGAGACCAUUGGAUGAAUCAAUCCAGGGGAGGGGUGUGCAAGGUAGAAAGAGAGAGAGAAUGAGAAAUGAGAGAGAGGGAGAAAGGGAGUAAGAGGAAAGCAAGGAAGGUGAGGAGGGAGCAGAAAUCUCACCUGUGAGCAGGUUUGGAAGAUGUUUUUCAGUGGAUUUGAUGCUCAACAUCUGUUGAUGUCUGGACUGAACCUGGACUUAACAUGAUGUAACUACUGGACUUUUACAUGCAUCCUGCUGAUCAGUGGACACUAUUCAUUCAUUCACAUGGAAGGAACUAGGAAACUAUGAAAUGAAGGGUUGUGUUAAAUCUAAUCGCAAAGGCCCCAGCAACAAAUUCACUUCACCUUGACCCUUCACAAAGGGAUUAAUGGUAUAGAAUGGCCUCAGUGACGGCAAACCUCAGCGUGCCCUGGGGCCCUGGUGUGCUAAUCGACAUUUCUAAUCACACAUCAGCUGGAUCUCCAGGAGUGUCUCGUUCUCCAGAGCCUCCUUGCACCAUGUGCUGCUGUGGAUUACUGAACCGUACACUGACUGUGGCGUUCAUGGUCGGUCUGGCCUUCGCCAUUGUCGUCGGCAACGUGGUGACGCUCACAGUGUUCAUGCAGACGCGCCAGUCCCGCACGCCACAGGGCUACCUCAAAGUAUCUCUGGCCAUAGCUGACAUGAUGGUCGGGAUGGUGGUGGUACCGUUCUCCGUUUACACUGAGAUAUCCAUCAUGGUGACCAGCACCCCUCCUACGUGGUACCAGAGUGGAUCUACAGUCUCAGAACAAGAACCUUCCAGCUCCUGGCAGCCCUGCAUGGUGAUCGGCCCAAUGUUUGCUGGUUGCACUUUCGUCUCUAUCAGCACUAUCUUCUUGAUGACGGUGGAGCGCAGCGUGGCCAUCUUAUGGCCAUUACAGAAAGAUACACUUGUGACCCUGCGGCGGACUUUGCUUCUGAUCCUGGCAUCAUGGACUGGCAGCUUCCUGCUUGCGGUGGUGCCCCUAAUCUUUAGCGACAACUUUACUCUGGAGUACAAUGAGUGCAGUCGGAUGUGUAUCUAUGCCCCACUCCCGGUGGGUCUUCAGUUGCCUGCUGACACCCACAUACUGCUGCUAUUUCCUGCCUUCGACUUCACACUCCUGGGCAGCACUUUGAUUGUUAACAUCCUGUCCUUCACUAGCAUCUGCCGCUACACCCGCAAGCGCAAGCUCCUGUCAGAGGGACUCGAGGGAGGCGCAAACACCUGCUCCUACAGACCCUCCUUUUCAGACAUCAAGGCAGCCAAAACUAUUGGCAUCCUCACCUUCGCUUUUGCUGCCUCAUUCUCACCCAUUGCUGUCUUUGUUCUGGGCAAUGUGGUUGGCUACACCUGGUGCAACUUCUCCUUCUUCGCCUUCUGGAUCCUGACAGGGAACAGCUGCUGUAAUGUGAUUAUCUACAGCGUCAGGGAUCAUCGGUUUAGGAAAGGGGUGUUGCUUCUUUUUCACAGGGACCGUUCGCCACCACAUUCUGAGAAGAGCUAACAGGUCCAGGUAUAGACUCAAUCCCACGUCUACACCAGCGUCACCUAUAUUUCUUAUUCCUGACCACCUGCCCAUGAGGAUGGCGGGGUCCUUUCAGGAAUUUUUUCACCUGGCUUUUGAAAAGCCAAAAAAACAGAUCAUCUCCAGGGAAUGUGGCUGGAUUUGCUUUUUGUAUAUAUUGUUGUUAUGAUUGAUUAAAUCUUUAUUGCAGAUUUCUCAUGACAUCAUUGUUGAUUGGAAUAUUUACUGAAUUUUACCUUAAAAUUCUGUGGUGACAUGGGAAAACCUUUCACAUACUCAAAUUUUGACUUUUUUAAAUACAAUAUAGAGUUACUGAACUGAAAUAUGUUUCUUUUUUGCAAUUAUAUCAUCAUUAGUAAAGUUCUAGCAUUUUAAAGUCUGAUUAGACAGCCGAUGUAUGAUUACAAACUGAAUUGAUUAGACUAAUGUCUGUUUCACCACGACAUGUAAUUAUUCAGAGCCUUGAUCAAAUCACGAGAAUAAGACACGUAGGUUUAGACAUCUUUAGGCAGACUGAUUGUUUUAACUGCUAUGUUUGUUAAUCUGGCUCUUUACACAAUACGAUCUUUGUAGCAGACGCGAAAAGGCAAUAAAACAUUUUCAUGUCGUCGUGGUUAAAUAUAUUUAUGUUUUCUUAAAGAAGAGAGGCAAUAUACAGUGGAGUCCAGAAUUCUGAGAGCAUUAGUGAAAAUGCUUCUAUUUUGCAUUCUUUUCUAAUUUAAUACAACAAUUUGCAUUACAAAUUAAAUUAUUGACAACAACUUGAGUGAAAAGUAGAAUCUUUGAAAUAUUUACAUGAAUCAGAGUUUGUUCGUAUUUGGUACGUCCCCUUUUUGCUUUAAUAACAGUGUGCACUCGAGCCGGCAUGGACUCCACAAGUUUGUGCAAAACCUUAUGAUCCAUUUUAGAUUGUCGUUUAGAGUGUCAUCUGAGCACAAGCUGAACACAGGCUCACGGAAAAUCUGACCUUUUCUACAAAGGAGUUAACAUGGUCAAUAUCAAAAAUUUGCUUACAUUUAAAUAGGGACCUAGACAUAGUGCAGAAUCUUGAAUAUUGAAUAGUCAAGCUGUUGCACAUUUCCUUUUUGUUGUUUUAGAAUUUUCAAAAUUCUAUAACUUUCUGCUUAUUUUCAGUUUUACAUUUUAAAAAAAUCCCAGAGUUUCAGUGGGUCUCAGACUUUUGGAACCCAUUGUGUAUUACCUGCCAUAAAUAAAUAAAUUAAUUUAAUUAAAUCAAUUUUUCAUCAAUUUUGGCUGUUUGUCAGGGUGACAUGUGACAGGUUUUCCUGAACCGCCACACAUUUUGUUUCAUUUCAGGUUGCUACAUUUCUGAUACUGAAAUCAAUCAAAAAUCAGCAUUUUUAGGAAUCAUUUAACUAUUCAAAAUAAUGUAUAAUUACCAACUUUAUUUCAACUCGAACCAGAAAACUUAAGAUUUUACAGCAAAUUAUUAAAUGGUUUUAAUUUUUAUUUAUCGUUAACUAAUUUCUUUUUGAACUGUUGAUUUUGUAUGAACAUUAUUUUUUAUGGACCUUUAUGGAUUUUUACUUGCUAAUUAGCCCUAACAUUGUUUUAUAUGAGAGAUUUGCUGUUAUUUCAGAAAUUAUGCUGUAUUCAACUUAACUCGGAUGUGGAAAGUGUGUGGGACAUCCAGGACAUUGCUUAAAGAUUCUCCAUCAACAGAAGACUCAUCAAUGUAGUGUCAUUUUACUAGCUCUGCAUUUAACCUUUCUCUUGACUUUGGCUUAAAAAGUUUUGAAAAUUUUAAUAGCUGAAAAUAAUUAACCCAGAUACAAUUUGUACCCAACACUAGUUGCCAAUUCUCACCUGUAGCCCACUCUCCCUCUAUCAGUAGCCACCAAUCUGCGUGUGAACAUUUACACUUGCUAGCAAACUUGGCUACUGGUUUACACAUACACAGAAAAAUGCUUAGCCUGAUGUUAGCUAGCUUGCCAACAAACACUUUUAAUAAUAUUUAUGUUAGCCUAAUGUUGGAAGCAAGCAAACUUGGCUAUUGGUUUAUGUAAUCAAACGCUUAUUGUUAGCUAGCUGGCCAGUAAGACUUUUAAUUGCAUAAUAGUUAGCCUAAUGUUGGUAGAUAGCAUCCUUGGCUACUGGUUUACACUGUAUACAGUAAGUUAGAUAUUGUUAAUAGGUUAAUGCUAAUAUAUUAGCUUGCUAGUGCUUUAACUAUGUAACAAUACUUACACUGACAUAAGCUAGCUUGUUAAACUUGUUUACAUUUUUAUUAACUACUGCUAAUCUAAGCUAACUGCUAAUCUGGCAUGGCACCACAGUGUGUUUGAGAAGCUUAGCUAAAGCUGUUAAAUUUCUUUUCGUGGUGUUUAGGAGUGUAACUGCUGUACUGUGUGGUCAAUACCAUUUUAACCUGGCUGCAAAUAGACAUCUUAAUAAAUUACAUUUAUGUUUAGUCACAUAGCAGGCCCAGAUACUUACAAAACUCAAAGACAAAAGACAAAUGCUAAUUUGUGAGCUAUUGACAAAAAAGACAAUGAAAUGUGUAAAGAAAAUGUCAUUUCACACCUAGGUGAAUAAAUAAAAUAAAAUAAAAUGAAAAACCAAGACAUAAUACAAAAUGAUGUAAAUACAAAAUCUAUACAGAAAAGUAAGAUGUUAGCAUAUCAUGUGUCGUUUCUUUUUUUUUUUUUUUUUUUAAUUUGUCCCCAAUUUUUCGAAAGACAGCCAUGAGUCUCUCCUUAGAACAAGACGACAGACACCACAUGCAUGAGCAAUCAGCACUAAUAAUACAAGGAUCCUUAAGGAGUUCAAAAGCAGUGUUCAAGUGCAACCGAAACCUUUGAGCUGAUAACAAAUCCCUGAAAAAAAAGAUGGAAAGAAUUUGUAUCCCUACUGCUGUCCCUACUGGAACAGAACAGAAACAAAUGGAGGGCACAGAAAUAGGGCCACAAAGAUUUUAAUGAAAUAUUGGUUAUGGGGAUAAUGACAAUAUGAAAGUAAUGCUUUAAAUAAUCCUAAAAAAAAAAAAAAAUUAAACCUUAUUAUACAUAUCACAGUGCUGUCGUAUUCUUGAUUCUGAUUGGUCAGAAGAUUUUGUGUAAUUUUCUAUAAGACAGCUCUGACAGUUAUUCUAAAACAUUAUAAAAACAUAUAACAGUUGAUGUGGUGAAGUUUCUCAGGGGAGACGUUGAUUUAUCAUUUAUGGAAGGAGUCUCCAAUGUGUCAGAGCUUUAUAACAGUUUAUAAAGUUUUCCACCACGGGAAAGUCUUCAGGUCUUCAGCGCGCCUUCGGGUUUGUUGGUAACAUGACAAGUCUAAAUAGCAUUAAGAGA